AUGGUACUCAUCUUUUGGAAGGAUAUAUUGUCUGUGGUCAAUGUGCAACAUGACUGCAUGGCAGAGGGGAAAAACUGCAAAGAAAUGCAACAUGUGCCUGUUCAACAAGAGCAUGUUGAGACAACAAAGAUGCACCUCACUGUUGUCCAUGCAUCAACAAAUGCUUAUCUCCUCAAUACUCAUGCAUUGCACAACUAUCAGUUCAUUUCUGCUGUCAUUCCAAAGGCUCUCCACAGUCAAAUUGACUCUUCCAUUGUUGUUGACCAUCACUCACUAUGA